AUGAAGUUCACCAUCCAUCUCCUCUUCAUCGCGUUCCUCAUGGCCUUGGCCUACGCUGCCACCGACAGCAAGCAAGUCAUCGUCAGCUACCCCAACGAUACUCCCGACUCUGUCAUCGAGCACGCAAUGUCCGUUAUCAAGGAAGCUGGCGGCAUCAUCACUCACGAGUACAAGACUCUCAUCAAGGGCUUUGCUGCCACCGCACCCACCAAGGUUGUCAACAGCGUCAAGGCUUUGGGCGAGAAGUACCAGGCUGUCGUUGAGGAUGACCAGGUCGUAUCUGUUGCCGGAGGCUCCUCGUAG